GGCGGUGUGAUUUGCUUCAGGUAGACCUUCAUGAAAAGCCAUGGAAGACAAAGCUCAGAUCCAGGAGGCCAUUAAAGUCCAGGGGGAAGUCGUUCGGAAGCUAAAAUCCGAAAAGGCGAGCAAAGAGCAGUGAUAGGGUUGCUUACCACUUUUCUCCUGUUCUUCCCGCCUGGCCCUGGAUGACCUCUUCCUGCUGGACCCUUGACCUCUACCACCUUCCUCACCACCUGCGGGCAAUUGGACCCACCUCACUUCCUCUUGGGAAUACUGUUCCCAUGACACACUCCUGAACUCUGCCUUUCCCACUCCCUGGAAAUUUUUUUUCCCUUCAUAUUUUUUGUUCCCGUGUCGGAUGACCAUGCUGGCUCUGUCCUUUGCUCGUGUCUGCUCUGGUCUGGCACCGUUUCGGACUGCACUCCAUCUGCAACCGCUCCGUUCUGCCUCUGGCAUCACUGUGGCUCAGAUUGAUGAAGAAGUAGCCAAACUGCUUGAGCUGAAGGCUCGGCUGGGAGGAGGAGAUGAUGGCAAACAUCAGUUUGUGCUCAAAACACCAAAGGGAACCAGGGACUACAACCCAAAGCAGAUGGCCAUCAGAGAGAGAGUGUUCAACACCAUCACCCGCUGCUUCAAACGCCACGGAGCGGAGACCAUCGACACACCUGUGUUUGAGCUAAAGGAAACAUUGACGGGGAAGUAUGGAGAAGAUUCCAAGCUUAUCUACGACCUGAAGGACCAGGGAGGAGAACUGCUGUCGCUAAGAUACGACCUCACUGUGCCGUUUGCACGUUACCUGGCCAUGAACAAGAUCACCAACAUCAAGCGCUACCACAUCGCCAAGGUCUAUCGCCGUGACAACCCCGCCAUGACACGCGGCCGCUACAGAGAGUUCUAUCAGUGUGAUUUCGACAUCGCUGGUCAGUACGACGCCAUGAUCCCAGACGCAGAGUGUCUGAAGAUCGUCCAUGAGAUCCUCAGUGAGCUGGAGCUCGGAGACUUCCGCAUCAAGGUCAAUGACCGGCGCAUCCUGGAUGGGAUGUUCGCUGUCUGUGGAGUUCCAGAUGACAAGUUCCGCACCAUCUGUUCAACGGUAGACAAACUGGAUAAGUUGCCCUGGCAGGAAGUGAGGAAGGAGAUGGUGGAUGAGAAGGGAUUAUCUGAGGAGGCUGCAGACCAGAUUGGGGAAUACGUCAGCCUGCAUGGGGGAAUGGACCUGGCAGAGCGCCUCCUGCAGGACCCCAGGAUGUCUCAGAGUAAGCAGGCCUGCGCCGGCCUGUCUGACAUUAAGCUUCUGUUCAGCUACCUGCAGCUCUUCCAGGUCACAGACAAGGUCGUGUUUGAUCUCAGUCUGGCCCGGGGGCUGGAUUAUUACACAGGAGUGAUUUAUGAGGCAGUGCUGACUCAGGCCGGGGUGGCCCCAGUGGCCCCGGCCUCCAACGACACCCAGAACGGGUCUGAGGAAAGCGUCAGUGUGGGGAGCGUGGCCGGAGGGGGGCGCUACGACGGCCUGGUGGGGAUGUUUGACCCCAAGAACAGGAAGGUGCCGUGUGUUGGGGUCAGCAUCGGCAUUGAGAGGAUCUUCUCCAUCAUGGAGCAGAGGGCUGAGGCGGCAGCAGAGAAGGUCCGGACCACAGAGGUCCAGGUCCUGGUGGCGUCGGCUCAGAAAAACCUGCUGGAGGAGAGACUGAGGCUGGUCACUGAGCUCUGGAAUGCUGGCAUUAAGGCUGAGGUGAUGUACAAGAAGAACCCCAAACUGCUGAGUCAGCUGCAGCUGUGUGAGGAGACGGGGAUCCCCCUGGUGGCCAUACUGGGAGAGCAGGAGCUGAAGGAUGGCGUGGUGAAGCUGCGUGUGGUGGCCAGCAGAGAGGAGGUGGACGUGUCCCGCUCUGACCUCAUCACAGAGAUCAAGAGGAGAACCUCUGAGGCCUAGCCGGCGCUCUGCUGUGUACAGAAUCUCCACAGAUCCUGAUGGAUGUGAGAGCAGGCCUGGUUAAUGUGGGCAGCAGACACACACACUGCUGGAGAGCCUGGACAACAUGGCUGACCUGCUGAGGGGACCUCAGGUUGCCAUGGAGCUCACAUUACAUACACUGAUUCAGCUUGUAUCCAGACAUUUACUCACUCUACAUGUUUAUUGUCCAGCUGUGUGCUCUGGUGAACACGUCCUAGUGAAAGCACCACUGUGGUCUGAAGCUGUUUUUGCAGGAGGAACUCUGCCUAGCAACCAGGAGUUUACUUCCAUUCAUGUUAGAAGACGACACAUUUCCAUCAGAACUGCUUCGCUUUGAAUAAACAUGAUUUCAUCCUGCUGUCUGCAUGCUUCAAAUCUCUAUUAAAAACAUGGAAGUGUUCUAACUGAAA